CCCCUGCGGGGAAGGGGACGCAGCCGUGACCCGCUUCUCUUUCUCCCCCGCAGGAGGACGAAGGAGCCCGUCGGGGGAAGGAAGAAGGCGCCGCCAGAGAGGAGGAGCAGGACAGCGGGCCAGGCGGAAGAGCCCUGCUCGGUCCCGGCGCGGGUUCCCCGGCACACGGAGGGGAAAGGCCGGGAGGCCCCGAGGCUGCAGGACGGAUGAGCCCCGGGGGACCCCAGGAAAGUGGACUGCCCGGAGGGCGAUGCGGGGAGGAGGACACGGGCGGAGAUCCCGAGACGGGCCUGGAGGGCGGAGGGUCCCUCGGAGGACCCGGGAAUCCCCAGAAAAUCCAGGAGGGAGAUAACAAGUAUCAGUGCCCGGAAUGCGAAAAAUCUUUCAAAAAUAAUGGCUGUCUUCAGAGCCAUCAAAGGAUCCACUCGGGAGAGAAAACUUAUAAAUGCCUCCAGUGUGGAAAGAGCUUCAGUUAUUUCGGAAGCCUUUGUAGACAUCAGGAGAAACCAAAUUGCCUGGAGGGCAGAGGUUCUCUUGGAAGAGCCCGGACGCCUCGAAGGACCCAGGAGGGAGGAAAGGAAUAUCAGUGCUCGGAAUGCGACAAAUCCUUCAAAAGUAAUGGCUGUCUUCAAAAACAUCUAGGAAUCCACUCAUUAGAGAAAACGUAUAAAUGCAUGGAGUGUGGAAGGAGCUUCAGUUACUUGGCAAACCUUUGUAGGCAUCAAAGGGUCCAUUUGAUAGCGGAACCGAAUAAAUGCCUGGAAGGCGGAGAGUCCUUCAGAAGACCUGGGAAUCCCCAAACGAUCCAGGAGGUAGAAAGGAAAUAUCAAUGCCGAGAAUGCGAAAAAUCCUUCAGAAGAAAAGACCAUCUUGAAAGCCAUCUAUGGAUCCACUUAGGUGACCCACCAUUUAAAUGCCUGGAGUGUGGAAAGAACUUCGAUCAUAGGAGCAACUUUGAUCGACAUCAAAGAGUCCAUUCAGGAGAAAAACCUUAUAAAUGCCUGGAGUGUGGAAAGAGCUUCAGUCAGAGGAGCGGCCGUGAUAGCCAUCUAAGAACCCACACAGGAGAAAAACCAAAUAAAUGCCUGGAUUGUGGAAAGAGCUUCAGUGAUAGAAGCAACCUUUAUAGACAUCAAAGGAUCCAUUUGAUAGAGAAACCGAAUCAAUGCCUGGAGGACGGAGAGUCCUUCGGAAGACCCAGUAAUCCCCAAAGGAUCCAGGAGGAAGGAGAGAAAUAUCAGUGCCUGGAAUGCGAAAAAUCCUUCAAAAAAAAUAUUGAUCUUGAAAACCAUCUAAGAAUCCACACAGGAGAAAAACCUUAUAAAUGUUUUGAGUGUGGAAAGAGUUUCAAUCAUAUUAGCAGCUUAUAUAAACAUGACAGAAUCCAUUUACAAAAAGUGUACGAAUGCUGGGAAUGUGAAAAACCCUUCAAAACAAUUCAAAUUCUUGAAAAACAUGAAGGCAUUCACUCCAGAAAAAAAACAAAUAAAUGCCUGGAGGGUGGAGGGGCUUUUGGAAAACCCAAGAAUCCCCAAAGGAUCCACGAGAAAAAAAAGAAAUAUCACCCAGAAUGUGAAAAAUCCUUCAAAAAGAAUAACUAUCAUGAAAACCAUCUAAGAAUCCACACACAAGAAAAUCCUUAUAAAUGCCUCAAAUGUGGAAAGAGCUUCAGUCAGACAAACAGCCUUUAUGUACAUCAAAGGAUUCACUCAGGAGAGAAACUGUAUCAAUGCCUGGACUGUGGAAAGAGAUUUAUUGAUAGUGGAACCUUCCAUAAACAUGAAAGGUUUCACACAGGAGAAAAAUCAUAUAAAUGUCUGGAUUGUGGAAAGGGCUACAAUUGGAGAGGACACCUUAUUAUACAUCAAAGAGUCCACUUAGGAUUGAAAAAGCAAAAACACCUGGGGUGUAGAAAGAGCUUCAGUGAGAGGAGAAGAGAAGACUCAGGAAUCUUCAAAGAAUCCACGAGGGAGAAAAGAACUUUACUGAGUAGACGCCUUCAUCGACAUCGAAAGGUUCCCAUGGGGGGAAAUGCUACAUAUGCCUGAGUGUGGAAAGAUCU